AUGGCAGAUGCAAUCAUUAUUGAAUUGCAUUGCAGGCUCGGUGUUACUGUACACAUUAUCUCGUGAGCUUGUGGGAUGACCGUUGUCUCAGUUGCGUUCCACGACGAAACCUCAUCCAGUCGCUGGUCCGAAUUCAUAACCAGCCACACCUCGUCGACCUGAUUUUCGCUCGAAAUUAAUUGUCCGUGCUAUUUCCCCUCUUCCUUCUGCAUGCCAAGCCGACACUAUCUCUAAAGGUCCGAGAUCAAAUUCAAAACGGAGUGCUCCGUACUAUGACGAAUUCCUACUCGCCCGUAGAACUAGAGGCGAUAGCAUCGGCAAGUGACUGUAACCUCGGGGAGCAUGCCUGGAUGAUUGGAUCCAGGCUUCGGUGGCGGCUGAUAGAUUCCAUCGGAGACCGAUCCUGUGUCUUAGAGUUAUACUGAUCCUUUCAGUUGGGGUGACACGGCGCGAAGCCAAGUUGGUAUAACCCUUCCACCAUUCCAGGCUUCCACAUUUUCUGCGGGUUGAGGGCUUUGAGGCACUUUGGAUGAGACGAAUCACAAUCCGACUCGAGGUGGCAACGACGUGGGUCACCCUGGGACUAUCGGCAGGAGGCGUCAAUGAAUAAAGAGAAUUGAGGAUAUGAUAGAAAGAUCGGCUAAACGGCCAGCAGGGUCGGAGCCCGCGGGACCACAGGCCAUUGCGCUUUCCCCCUCGUCCUACCUGCACUCUGUGACUGGCAGCGCUAAGCGAUCUAGACUUGCCAGCUCGGUCGUCCAGGGUCUCAUCUCGGUCUCGGAUCGGCGCACGAAGCUGCUUACCGGUCAACUUAGUAUUGCUGCCGUUCUUUCCACCGGGGUCUCCUCGUUUCUUUUCUCCCCGUGGUUUCAGAUCCCUCCUUUUUCUUUUCUCAAAAAGCUUGCGCAAUGUCGACCAUGAUAUAAUACUCCAUCAGUGCCCGGCGUGAUCUGCAGGUGGAAACGUGCCUCUCUCUAAUCGUGGCCAUCCAAUAAUGGGCUGCAGACCCGCACAUGGUUGACUGGGUCGUGGAGAACAACAAACUGCUCGAGAAAGUCGAACCAGAGUUGCCUGUCGGUCGGUGACGAAACCCUGAGCCGGUGGGUCGGGGAAUCUUAUAAACCCGGGACCCUUUUCCCUCUGUUCCUGAAAAGAACCAGGUCGCCAAACAACAAGAAGACAAGAGGCGCUGGGAUUUCCAUGGCCUGAAGAAUGCCUUCCCGCUCCUCCCCGCAUUUCUCCAACUCCGCCGCUUCGUCUCCAGAUCGCGACGGCGCCGGUUUUGCGGUCGAUAAACAGAGCUUCUGUAUCGAUGUGAACGACGCUCUGCCCCUACAGCAAAGACGGAAGGCUCCUUUAUGGCGUCGGGGAUUAGCUGCUCUUUCUCCCUUCUCCUCGUCCUCUACAUCGGUUGCGAAGAAUACCGAUGAUGCUCGCCCGCUGCUCUCACUCUCGGGCGCUUCCUCCAACCCCUCACCGAAGUUCUCAAAACGAUCCACGAUCAAUCGCUGCUUUCUAUUCCCUUUGAUGGGUUUCUUUAUCAUGCUCGGCGUCGUGCAGUUUAUCACUAUUGCCUGUGGCAUUGUAGUGUCAUUCUUUUCGGACGACUUCGAUCGCGCGAUAGACCGGUGGCGCUUCCGACAAAAGGACGUCGGUCCUGAGAUAUCGCACUGGCCUACAGACAUUUCGAGGGAUAUCGUGCCGGUCGCAUGUCACUCGCACAACGAUUACUGGCGCCCCGUACCUUUGUAUUCGGCUCUACAAGCGGGUUGCGUGGGUGUUGAAGCCGAUGUUUGGCUCUUUGAAAAUGAUCUCUACGUGGGCCACACCACCUCGUCUCUCGCUCCCAAGCGAACGCUGAGGAACAUGUACAUCGACCCUUUACUGGAGAUCCUUGAGCGGCAGAAUCCCCGCACUGCAUUCCAUCCCACCCACGAUCAGCCGUUACAAGGGGUUUUCGACACUGACCCAUUCCAAACCCUAGUUCUCCUUAUCGAUUUCAAGACCGACGGGGAGGCAACCUGGAAGAGCGUGGCCGCACAGUUGUCUCCUCUGCGCGAGCGUGGUUACCUGAGCUAUUUCAACGGAACCGACGUGGUCGAAGGACCGAUUACCGUGGUGGGUACGGGAAAUACGCCCUUCAACCUGGUCAUGGAUAAUACUACUCACCGAGACAUUUUCUUCGACGCACCUCUGGAGAAACUAGCCGAGCAUGACGAAAUCGAACUUCUCGAGAAACUUACGCUUUCAGAACCUGAUCGGCGUGUUCCACAAGACCAAGCCGUGCAGGAGGAGAGUUCCACUGAGAAUGUCGGUCAAGGCUUAUCGGGCAUACCCGCUGCAGAUAUUCGCCCCAACACAUUCAAUAGCACCAACAGCUACUACGCAUCGGUUUCUUUCAAGAGUUCGAUCGGGUUUCCCUGGUCCUUCCGCCUCACCGAAGCUCAGAUGGCCAAGAUCCGGGCGCAGAUUCAGGCCGCGCAUCGCCGUGGCCUGAAGGUCCGCUAUUGGGGCUUGCCGAGCUGGCCGCGCAGUCUGAGGAAUCACAUCUGGAGCGUCCUGGUCCGCGAGGGUGUGGAUAUUCUCAAUGUUGAUGAUCUACAGAGCGCCACUAAGAAGGACUGGAGGCCCAAGUUUUCCGAUUGGUGGAGUUGAAUCGUUUCGCUGCAGUGAAAUGACUCGCGUUCCUUGCUUGGCUCGCUUUUUCUAUUUACUACUUUCCCUCUUCCUUGCUUCUUUCUUAUUCCCACCUUCCCUUCCUUCGUGUAGGGGAGGCUUUGCUUUACGGGAAUGGCGUUGGGGUUUUACGUUGAGACAAUACCCUACAGAUAUUUUUCUGCCUGUUUUCGUUACUUGGCCUUUCCUUCCUUUUUUUUUUUUUAUUUGAUUUUAGCGGGCUGUUCUUUCGUAGUACUUGAGUUUGUCACUGGAAUAGACAGUACUAGCUAGGUUACGACUAGAUGAACAAUGGAAAAGAUGAUUCAUGGAUUCCGAAAAG